AUGAAGACAGUGGCUAUUGUUGUUUCGAUAUUACUUGUAUUAUUAUUUGUUGUUUUGUGUAUAUGGGAAGUUGGUAUUUUUAAGCUGCAUCCAUCAUUGAUGGCUGUUAGUUAUCUUGGUUGUAUGUUUCAAGCAAUACAUAUUUUUUCAAUGGAUGAUACAUCUUGUUCUCCAUCAUUGCCACGACGAAAACAAAUUCUUAUUCAUUCAUUUUUACAAGUUGGUACUAUUAUUUGUUCAAUUAUUGCUUUUACAGCAAUCUAUACAACCAAAAUACAACGAAAUAAACCACAUUUUACUAGCUGGCAUGGUUUUAUUGGACUUAUUGUGUUUAUUUGGUCAUUAUUACAAGCCAUAGCCGGUCUGUUUCUUACUAUUUUUCAACGUUAUAUUCGUUCACUAGGACUAACUUAUGCACAACUUCGCAUUUAUCAUGCAACGUCAGGUGUGCUUCUUUUUACUAUAUCUUGUUUCGUAUUAAUACUUGGACUAGCUUCAAAUUGGUUUAAAAGUAAAAUGCCAAAUAAUACAAUCAUAUAUUCUGUUAUUUUUUAUUUCCUUACUUCAAGUAUGCUUUUUCUUGCUCAUAAAUGUGUAGAACAAGUGAAAAAUCGUUAUGUUAAAAGAAAGAUUACAAUAAAAUAG